GUUAAUUAGAGUUUAUUAAAGUUAAACUGUGUCAGAAAAAAUUAAUCUUAAUUAUGUCACAUAACACUUAAGCAAAACAUGUUCAGGUCAAAGUGUCUGAAUAAUUUUAGUUCCAAAUUAUUAUCAAUUUUACUGGUAGUCCACUGUAUGAAGAAUUUUUGGGUAUAAUAUGUCACAGUUUACUUUAUUUUGCUAUCCUCACUUACAUAAAUGAACUAUAGUGUCCUGCACCCACUAGUAAAAAUAUAUCAAAAAUAUCAAAAAUGUCUGAAUAAUUUUUGGUUUGACUAUAUGUGUGUGUGUGUGUGUGUGUGUGUGUGUGUGUGUGUGUGUUUAUUGGGUAGGAGGGUCGCAGAAAAUGUAGUUUUAUUAUUACUAUGACAUCUUUUUAUUACAUUUUGCAGAAAUAUAAAAGGCCAAGGACAUCAGAAGAACCCUAUUAAAAAAAUAAUUUAAAAAAAUAUAAAAAAUAAUAGAAUAGAAUAAGAAGGAUCUCUCUCUCCCCCCCAUAGAAGUCUAAUUAGGAGGUCCAGACAUGAGAAUAAGGCCCUCAAUAAUAGCCAGUAUGAGGCUCUACAUCUUAUGAAUGUCCCAGAAAAUUUGGGGUGGUCUCUUUGCCUAUUUUGCUUUGUCCUCAGCACACUUCUCCAUCAUCCUUGACGUGUGAAGUGGGAAGUCAUAUAAAAACAAACAGCUGCUUCCCAUGAGACUGCGAGAGAGAAGAGCACCAGAGAGAGGCAGUGAGAGGGUGUGAUGGACCGCUGGAGUCUGAGGGCCCGUCUGGCUCAGUGUCUGUCCACACUGAAGCACCUGUCACAGGUCAGGAUGACCCACGCAGGACGAGUACCUGCAGUCCGAAAGGACAACUCUACCGUACGGCCCUUCAGUGAGAUUCCUGGAGUAUGGAAGAACAGUGUAGCGAAUCUCUACACGUUCUGGAAAAUGGAUGGCCUCAGGAAUAUCCACCGGAUUAUGGUGCACAAUUUCAAUAUGUUUGGUCCCAUUUACAGGGAAAAAGUCGGAUACUACGAGAGUGUGAACAUCAUCAAGCCUGAAGACGCUGCUAUCCUGUUCAAAGCCGAGGGUCAUUAUCCCAAGAGACUCCGGGUGGAAGCGUGGACCUCCUACAGGGACUACAGGAACCGCAAAUAUGGCGUCCUGCUAAAAGAUGGAGAGGACUGGAAAUAUAAUAGGAUCGUUCUAAACAAGGAGGUGAUUUCUCCAAAGGUGCAGGGGAACUUCGUGCCGCUCCUGGAUGAGGUCGGUCAGGACUUUGUGGCUCGUGUCUAUAAAAAGAUUGAGAGGAGUGGACAAAAUGAAUGGACCACAGAUCUGUCCCAUGAACUCUUCAAGUAUGCACUGGAAUCUGUGAGCACUGUGUUGUACGGCGAGCGUUUGGGUCUGCUGUUGGACUACAUUGAUCCAGACGCCCAGCACUUCAUCGACUGCAUCACCCUCAUGUUUAAGACCACCUCGCCCAUGCUGUACCUCUCCCCGGCCCUGCUCCGCCGCAUGGGGGCCAAAAUCUGGAAGGACCAUGUGGAGGCCUGGGAUGGCAUCUUUAACCAGGCCGACCGAUGUAUCCAGAAUAUCUACAGACAGUUGAGGAAAGAUCCAGAAGCCAGCGGGAAGUACCCUGGUGUGUUGGCUAGCCUUCUAAUGCUGGACAAACUGUCCAUCGAGGACAUAAAGGCCAGUGUCACGGAGCUGAUGGCUGGAGGGGUUGACACGACGUCUAUCACACUGAUGUGGACGCUCUAUGAGUUGGCCCGACACCCAGAUCUGCAGGAGGAGCUCCGGGCGGAAAUCUCGGCUGCUCGUAUCGCCUCUAAAGGAGACGUGGUGCAGAUGCUCAAGAUGGUUCCUCUGCUUAAAGGAGCCCUGAAGGAAACUUUGAGGUUACAUCCUGUAGCAGUGAGUCUACAAAGAUACAUCACUGAAGACAUUGUCCUUCAAAAUUACCACAUUCCAGCUGGGACUUUAGUUCAGCUGGGUCUGUACGCUAUGGGUCGUGAUCACCGGGUCUUCCCGCACCCAGAGCAGUACCGUCCCUCUCGCUGGGUCAGAUCCCAGAGCCACUACUUCAAGAGCCUGAGCUUCGGGUUUGGCCCACGCCAGUGUUUGGGCCGCAGGAUCGCCGAGACAGAGAUGCAGCUCUUCCUUAUUCACAUGCUGGAGAACUUCAGGUUUGAGAAGCAGAGGCAGGUGGAGAUCAGGAGCACGUUUGAGCUCAUCUUACUGCCUGAGAAGCCCAUCAUGCUAACCAUCAAACCACUGAACGCCGGCAGAUAGCAAAGCUGCAAACAGGGAAAUGAUGUCGAGGACUGAACUGGAUGGAACACUGAGCUUUAGGGACAGCAAACAAUCUGUCUUUGAGAUGUAAUACCUGUCAAAAG